UGAUGGUAGGCGGGGCUUCUGUGUUUCAAACAAAACGAAACUUAAAAUUCAGGCGCGAAACUGCCAGAGCAUUUCCCCUUCUUUGAGGAACUAAAAACUGCAGUCAUGGCUUCCUUCAGCAAUGUCCUGUACGAAGACCAGCUCCAGUGCUCCAUCUGUCUGGAUGUGUUCACUGAUCCAAUCUCUACUCCAUGCGGACACAAUUUCUGCAUGAUCUGUCUCAGGAGGUUCUGGGACACCAGUCCACAUUGCCAAUGUCCAAUCUGCAAAGAGGAUUUCCCCCAAAGACCUGAGCUUCGUGUGAAUACGUUCAUCUCUGAACUGGCUUCUCAAUUUAAGAAGUCCGUUCAAGUGAAACCCAGCAGCACUACAGACCCGCUGGUCAGAAGGGUUCUGUGUGACACCUGUACUGAGGAAAAACUGGGAGCUCUAAAGUCCUGUCUGCAUUGUGGGGUUUCUCUCUGUAGCACUCAUCUGCUCUUUCAUAAAACUACAGCAAAAUUUAAAAAUCACAAACUGGUCGAGCCUGUGGAAAACCUGGAGGAUUACAUCUGCCAGAAACAUGAGAGACCCCUGGAGCUCUUCUGUAGAAAUGACCAGACGUGUGUGUGUCAGUUCUGUAUUGAAGGACACCACAAAACUCACAACACUGUUCCUCUAGAGGAGGAGAGUGUUGUGAAGAAACACCAACUGGGGAAGACACAGGCAGCAGUUCAGAGGAUGAUCCAGACGCGACUCAAGAAGAUUGAAGAAGUCAAAGAAUCUGUAAAACUCAAUAAGAUGAACACGGAGAAAGAGAAAGCAGAAAGCGUGGAGGUCUUCAGUGCUCUGAUGCAAUGCAUUCAGAGAAGCCAGUCUGAGCUGCUUAAGGUGAUGGAGGAGAAACAGAAAGCAGCAGAGGCGCAGGCUGAAGAGUUCAUUAAAGAGAUGGAGCAGGAAAUUACUGAGCUAAAGAGGAGAAACAUUGAGCUGGAGCAGCUGUCCCACACUGAGGAUCACCUCCACCUCCUACAGAUUUACCCAUCACUGUGCAGCCCUCCACACACUCAGGACUGGACUGGCGUCACGGUUAACUUUCAUCCGAAUGUGGAGAGUCUGAGGACUCAGCUUCAGGAGUCUCUCAAUGAAGAAAUGGAGAAGUUUCCUGAGAUUAAAUUCAAGAACAUUCAGCAGCACGCAGUGGAUGUGACUCUGGAUCCAAAUACAGCAAAUUUUUACCUCAUGUUGUCUGACGAUGGGAAACAAGUUGCAUGUGAACACUGGCGACAUAAAGUGCCAGAUAACCCAGAGAGGUUUAAUUAUUGUGCCUGUGUGCUGGGAAAGGAGGGAUUCUCCUCAGGGAGAUUUUACUAUGAGGUAGAGGUCAGAGGGAAGACUGAGUGGGAUUUAGGUGUGGCUAGAAAGUCUGUUAACAGGAAAGGAAAAAUCACACUCACCCCUAAGAAUGGGUACUGGAGUAUCCUGCUGAGAAAUAAGAUAGAAUAUACAGCUGGUGAAUCUCCACUUGUGCCCCUCUCCUUGAAACAAGCUCCCCAGAAGGUUGGAGUGUUUGUGGAUUAUGAAGAGGGUCUGGUCUCAUUCUAUGAUGUUGAAACCAAGUCUCACAUUUACUCUUUCACUGGGCAGAGUUUUACUCAGACUCUCUAUCCAUACUUCAGCCCUGGCCCCAGUGAUAAAGGUAAAAAUUCAGCACCGCUGGUCAUUAUGCCUACUAAACAUUUUAAGCGCUAGCUUCUUAAAGAAAACCAGGGGCCCAGAGUUGUCCUAAGUUUCACGAAAUAUUCUUUCUUCUUAAAGGAACAGUCCACCGUAUUUCCAUAAUGAAA